GCCGACGUGCGCGCGCUCGGCGGCUGCUUGCGCUUCUGGCGCACCACCUGCGACGCCGACUGCGUCUGGGAGCACCUCUUCCGCUGCCGCUGGCCGGCCGCCGCGGCGGAAGUGGCGGUGGCGUCCCGUGUGCAGUUAUGGACCUGUUGGAUGAGCAUAUCAGUGAUGAUACGCAAGCAGGGGCUGCUUCUAUUGGUCAAUCCAGAUUCAGAAAUAAGAUAGCUAAGCUGUGGGAUGAUUACAAGCCUGUGUGCGAAAACGGAGUGGUUGAUAGAGUGGAAUGCCGAUACUGCCAUGUUCACUUGAGCUGUCAAAGUGACUCUUUGUAUCAACACCAGGAAAUCUGCCCAGGGAAGGAGAGAUUGGCUACAAGCCAGCAGCAACAGGAUGCAGAGUUUUGAUAUGAUUCAUAUGGUGGCAUUAACUUGGUAGCUCAUAGUGACAACAAAAAAAUCAGGUCAAUGGUAUGGAAAGAUUUUAUACCAUUAUAUGUUGAGGGGAGGAUCCAGGAAGCUGCAUGCGUCCAUUGCCACAAGCGACUCAGUGUGGAUAAAAGUAGAAGACAACUAAACUGACAUAGUCAGACUUGUCCAGCCCAUGGUAGAACUAGCGUAAAUCUUCAGAAAAGAGUUUUUUCCCAGUCCAGUGAACCAAGUUCCAAGUCUAGGCUUCAGGAUGAGCUUUCACCUGCCUUGACAAAUGGUAUGGUUCAGAUUGCAAAGUAUGCUAGCAAGUUCCUCAAGGGCAUCACAUCGGGUUUCCUUAUCAGCUUAUUUGUGGACUCCUCAUGGAGCUGAGGCCUCAGUGAAGUAUCUCUGUUUGACAGUGCAUUUUAUUGAUUCAGACUGGAAACUUCAAAGGAGAAUCAUCAAGUUUGGUCUGUUUCAGCCACUCACUAAUUUGGAUAGGAUGAUACAAUUUAGUGAGGUUACUAUACUAGAUUCUGAGAGUGGGCCAUUUAACAUCAUAUGGGAAGCUAUAAGAGACUGGAAUCUUGAUCAGAAGCUUUUCAGCUUGACAUGUGUCAGCGAAAUUAGAAACGAUGAGCGUACCUCAAAGCUCAAGGACUUCCUCGGUCAAAGGAAAUGCCUUCCUAUUGGAGGUGAGUUAUACAAUAUUGCUUGCGUGGAUGAUGUGCUUAACAACAUUGUUUCAAAGGGGCAACCACUGCUUCAUCUCGUUGCUGAUAUACUAGAGAGAUUUAUUCAGGUACAUAUGUCCACAGCGCUUACUCAAGAGCUACUUAUAGAAGUAGUUACGCAUAUGGGAUUGAAAUGCCCCCAAGAAGAUGCAAAGUGGUGGCACAAAAUUUACUUUGGGCUCGAAGUUGUGUUGCAUUUCAAGAAAACAUUUUCCUCUCAAGAUUUCUUAUCUGCAGAAGACACUAAAACUGUUGAGUCUGCUUGCAAGAUAUUAAGGGCUUUUUAUCAUGCCAUUGAAGUAGUUUCGGGUCCUGUCUGUUCCACAGCAAAUAGGUACUUCAAUGAACUGUGGAUAAUUAGGACAACCUUGGAAGAAGAAUCAUCUACAAAUCAUACUGAACUUGCUGGCUUGGUUUGGGAGAUGCAGGAAGCAUUCGACGAGUAUUGGCAGAAUUCAUACUUGUGGUUGUCAGUACCUGUUGUUCUUGAUCCCAGAUUCAAACUUACUCUUAUCGAGUUCUGUCUGAAACAAGCUUUUGGCACUGACACAGCAAAGUGUGUGUCUGCUGUACGUGAUACAAUCCGGGAGCUGUUGCUUGAAUAUUGCAGUGCAUUAGAUAAACCAAGUGUUGAGAUAUCAAAUUCUGUUGUUCAAGUGGGUGGAUUUUACAGGGAUACAUUGGAAGAUUGGGAUAAAUACAUUUAUGAGCAGACAAGGACCCUAGCGUUGAUAGAACUUAAGAACUACCUUGAAGAUGGACUUGUUCCAAGGAAGGAUGAUUUUGAUAUUCUGAACUGGUGGAUGAGUAAUCCUACAAGUUAUCCAAUCCUCUCAAUUGUGGCACGUGACGUCCUGGCAAUUCCUGCUUCUGCUAUGCAUGGUGAGGCAGCAUUAAGCAGCGAGGGACCGGUGAUUCAUAAGCAAUGGAGCACAUUGAAUAUCAAAACAAUUGAGGCUCUCGUAUGUAUGCGAGAUUGGAUUAAAUAGAAUGGUAAAGUCUUCAUUUUGGUUGUUCUAUUGGUUUCCUUAGUUGCUUAUAUAAGGUUGUAAAUCAUGUGUUUGUGUUUUUGGCGGGCAGCCUAUAUUUUGUAUUUUAAUUAUCAACUUUUCUUUAUAGUGCACAAUUGAAAUGUAACACUUG